AACGAAGGUGUUACUGAUGAAGAUGAGGAAUCCGACGACUCUGUUAUUUAUGUUGAAGAUGAGGAAUCCGAGGGAGAGGCAUAUCUUGGUGAAGAUCGUGAAGCAACAGUUCUUCAAAACGAAGGUGUUACUGAUGAAGAUGAGGAUUCCGACGACUCCGUUAUUUAUGUUGAAGAUGAGGAAUCCGAGGGAGAGGCAUAUCUUGGUGAAGAUCGUGAAGCAACAGUACUUCAAUAUAAGAAUGGAGAUGCCAUCUCUACGCUCCCAGACUUUGACAAGUUCCCCUUCUCUGAUCGAGAUUCGUCGAUUUCCGCCACUCGUGCUUUUGCUUGGAUGGUAGCACCUUGUGAUGUACAGACAUUCUUCAAAGACUUUUUCCAAUCGAGUGCUCUUAUUGCGAAACGCAGCAUGCCUAACUAUUACUCAAACUUGUUCUCAGUCGACCGUUUAGUGGAACUCCUGGAGAAGGUGAGCUAUUUCCAAGGUUUUCAAGCGAAAAAGUUGAACACAAUAUCUUUCCCUUUUCAGAAUCAUCUGGAAUACGGUCUCAACGUCAAUAUCGCCGAAUACAAGAAUGGAGUUCGUACUACACUAAAUGGGACUGGUCGGGUGUAUCCCAGUCAUCUUAAAGAGCACCUUGCUCUUGGCCGAUCCGUACAAUUUGUCAAUCCGGCUACCUUUGAUGACCGCGUAUGGUAUUUCUGUGAAAUCUUGCAGGAGAUGUUCGGCUGUUUUGUUGGUGCGAACACAUAUCUGACGCCGGCUGGCACUGCUGGCUUCGCUCCUCACUGGGACGAGAUCGACGCAUUCCUGCUACAACUUGAAGGAAAAAAGUAUUGGAAGGUGUAUGCACCGGAUUCGAGUGACGAUGAAUUGCCGUUGGAGCCUAGCGGUCGUUCAGAAAACUUUAACGACAAUGAUAUGAAGGGUCGCAAGCCAACUUUUGAAGGUUGGAUCGAGGCUGGAGAUUUGUUGUACAUUCCUCGCGGAUAUCUGACCCCAGCUGGCACUGCGGGCUUCGCUCCUCACUGGGACGAGAUCGACGCAUUUCUGCUACAACUUGAAGGGAAAAAGUAUUGGAAGGUGUAUGCACCGGACUCGAGUGACGAUGAAUUGCCAUUGGAGCCUAGCGGUCGUUCAGAAAACUUUAACGACAAUGAUAUGAAGGGUCGCAAGCCAACUUUUGAAGGAUGGAUCGAGGCUGGAGAUUUGUUGUACAUUCCUCGAGGGUUUAUACAUCAGGGUUCUACCGCAGAUGAUGCACAUUCUUUUCACCUAACAAUUUCUAGUGGAAGACAAUGGUCAUUCGCAAAUCUUAUGGAAAAAUUGGUUCCUGAAGCAAUAAAAGGUUUGACGGCUAAUCGCUGGAAAAUGCGGAAGUCGCUACCUGUUGGAAUGCUGGAUAUGGGAGGAGUGGCUGGAAUUGACUACCGUAUGGAGGAACAUUUUCAAGAGAAGUGGAAGUCAGUUCUUGACCGUCAUAUGACUGUAUUGCGAAACUCACUAAGAGAAGUUUGCGAUGGAGGCAUAGACCUAAUGGCUAGGGAAUUCAUGAAGACUGCUCUUCCUCCAAAACUUACUGAUGAAGAAAAAACGCUUAGCGCAGUAGGAAUUGGUUCGGACAUUUUGAACGACAGUCCAUUGGAAUUCCGUCCGAGUACCAGAGUUAAGCUUAUUCGAAGACACGCUCAAAGGUAGUU